ACAAAAGGAGCUUUGGCUUGUCCGUUAUGCAACAAAGACACACCAUCUACUCGAUUAAGGUAUGGUCGUAAGUUUUCUUAUAUGGGUGCUCGUAGAUUUUUAUCAUCUAAUCAUACGUGGUGGAGUAAUAAACGUGAUUUUUAUGGAAAAGUAGAAAGAAGAUCUGCUCCAGAAAUUCUUUCUGGAAAGGAUGUUUUAAACCAAUUGCUUACUCUUGAGGACAUGAAAUUUGGUAAGACUCCAAAAAAACGGAAGUACAAAAAAAGUAAAGGCAUUCAUAACUGGAGGAACAAAAGCAUCUUUUUCAAGCUUCCUUAUUGGAAAAAUAAUUUAAUACGUCAUAAUUUAGAUGUGAUGCAUAUUGAGAAAAAUGUGUGUGAUAAUAUCAUUGGGACAUUAUUAGAUAUUGAAGGAAAAACAAAAGAUAAUUUGAAUGCUCGUCAUGAUUUGAAGGAAAUGGGUAUAAGAAGUGAGUUGCAUCCAACUCAAAGGGAUGGAAGAUGGUGUUAUCCGGCAGCAUGCUAUUCUUUAUCAGCAGAUGAGAAGUCUAAAGUAUGCAAAUUCUUGAAAAUGAUUAAGGUUCCAAAUGGUUAUUCUUCUAAUAUAUCACGGUGGGUGAAGUCAGAAGAUCGUAAAAUUUAUGGACUGAAGAGUCAUGAUUCUCAUAUUCUGUUGGAACAAUUGCUUCCUCUUGCAAUUCGCGGAGUCGUGCCAAAUAAUGUAUAUGAUGCUAUCACUGAGUUAAGUAUUUUCUUUAGAGAAUUGUGCUCGAAAACAUUAAGAGUUGAUGUGUUGGACCAACUUGCAACUCAAAUUCCGAUAACAUUGAGCAAAUUAGAGAAAAUAUUUCUACCGGCAUUUUUUGAUGUUAUGGUACACUUAGUCAUUCAUCUUCCAAGAGAGGCUAAACUUGGUGGACCUGUACAAUAUAGGUGGAUGUACCCAAUUGAGCGAUUUUUACGCACAUUGAAAUGUUAUGUUCGUAAUAGAAAUCAACCUGAAGGAUCUAUUAUAGAAGGGUAUAUUGUUGAAGAAAGUAUAAUAUUUUGUUCAAGGUACUUACCUGGAAAUGUGAAAGGAUAUGAUCGAAUGGAUAAGAAUUAUGAAGAUGAUCAUAUUAAGACAUAUAGUGGAUUAUCCGUAUUUGAAAGAAAAGGUUCUCCUUUAUUAAGAGAUGCAUCUAGAAAUCUUGAAGAGUUAGAGAGAAAACAAGCUCAUCUUUAUGUCUUGAGAAAUUGCGAAGAAGUGCAACCAUUUUUACGUGAGUAUGAACAGAGUAAUAAAAGCAUGAACUUUGAUGAUUGGUUUUUUGAUCGGGUAAGUUUUUAUUGUCUUUCAAAUUAAAUUUGUGAUAAUUAUUUAUCAUCAUUAAUUUAUAUUUUUUUUGUAUAGAUUGUACAAAUGCGCAAAGAAAAAAAUGAACUCGCAACCUAUGAAUUGUAUUCUUUGGCUAGAGGCCCUUUUGAUGGUGUUCAAAGAUUCAAGGGGUAUGAAAUAAAUGGGUUUAGAUUUCAUACUAAACUACUGUAGGAAACAAGGAAGACCCAAAAUAGUGGUGUUUUAGUAAGACGAGAAGCGAAUGGUAAGAAUAUUAAUUACUAUGGUGUUUUGACUGAAAUAAUAGAACUUCAAUAUUUUGAAGGUAAACGGGUUGUUUUGUUUAAAUGUGAUUGGUGGGAUGUUGAUCACAUCGGAAUAGGAGUGAAAAUAGAUAAACAUGAUUUUGUUAGUGUUAACACUAAGCGAAAACUAGUAACAGAUGAACCAUUUGUGCUUGCAUCUCAAGCAGAACAAGUUUUUUAUGUGAAGGACCAUCUUCAUCCCAGUUGGUCAAUUGUUUUGAAUGGUCAUUCUACCUAUUUUACCGGAGGUGCUAUUGAUGAAGAUAUUUUUCAACAAGAUGCUUGUAAUGAGUUAUUGC